AUGUACAUGGAUGCGUCGUCACUGACUACUUCUUCCAUACCUUACACCACAAUCAACUUACACAACUUCUCGCCGUCGACGAGUCACCGGAAAAAACUACGCCACCGUUCAGUAUUCGUCGUAAUCUCCAGUUCCUCAAGCAAAGAUAUAUGGCGGAAGCCCUCAAAGUCCACAACUCUAAAACCAUCAUCUUUUCUCCAACCUUAUCGUCGAAGACCAGAAACGGGUCACUUAGAUCACAGCGUAGACAUGGACGAACUCGUAUCAUCUAUCAAUCAAACAUCAAACGAGCACGAACUGUUCGCUUUAUUGUCUCCUUACAAAACCCGACAACUUUCAAUACGGUUCAUGGUGACCAUCCUUUCCCGUGAAACCGAUUGGCAACGAUCAUUAGCACUGCUUGACUGGAUAAACGAACAAGCUUUAUACACCCCUUCAGUCUACGCGUACAACGUGGUCUUACGUAAUGUGCUUCGAGCAAAGCAGUGGCAGAUUGCCUACGGACUGUUCGAUGAAAUGCGUCAAAGAGCACUUUCGCCUGAUAGGUAUACUUACUCCACUUUAAUCACGCAUUUCGGGAAAGAAGGUAAGUUCGACGACGCGUUAUCUUGGCUACAGAAGAUGGAACAUGAUCAUGUAUCUGGAGAUCUUGUACUGUACAGCAACCUAAUCGAGUUGUCUCGUAAGCUAUGUGAUUAUUCUAAAGCCAUAUCAAUCUUCUCUCGAUUAAAACAAUCAGGCAUCUCCCCUGACCUCGUAGCUUACAAUUCCAUGAUCAACGUAUUUGGAAAAGCAAAACUAUUUCGUGAAGCUCGAUUACUACUUCAAGAAAUGAGAUCAGUUGGAGUUACACCUGAUACAGUAAGCUACUCUACACUCUUAAGCAUAUUCACCGAGAAUCAAAAAUACCUAGAAGCUUUAUCAAUAUUCUCAGAAAUGAAAGAAAUGAACUGUUUCUCUGACCUUACAACCUGCAACAUCAUGAUAGAUGUAUAUGGUCAACUUGAUAUGGCUAAAGAAGCAGAUAGAUUAUUUUGGGGCAUGAGAAAGAUGGGAAUCGAACCAAAUGUGGUAAGUUACAACACCCUUUUAAGAGUUUAUGGUGAAGCCGAACUUUUUGGGGAAGCCAUACAUUUAUUCAGAUUAAUGCAGAGAAAAGAUAUCAGUCAAAACGUUGUUACUUACAACACUAUGAUCAAGAUUUAUGGAAAAACACUUGAACAUGAGAAAGCUAAUAAUCUUAUUCUAGAAAUGCAAAGUAAAGGGAUAGAACCAAAUGCCAUAACAUAUUCAACCAUCAUUUCUAUAUGGGAUAAAUCAGGGAAGUUGGAUAAAGCUGCAAUUUUGUUCCAGAAAUUAAGAAGCUCUGGUGUUGAAAUUGAUCAAGUUCUUUAUCAAACCAUGAUUGUAGCUUAUGAAAGAGCUGGUUUAAUUGGGCAUGCAAAAAGAUUGCUUCAUGAACUUAAACACCCGGAUAAUAUUCCUCGGGCUACAGCCAUUACAAUUCUUGCUGGAGCGGGUCGGGUCGAAGAGGCUACAUGGGUUUUUCGCCAGGCGUAUAAUUUUGGAGAGAUUAAGGAUAUAUCGGUGUACUCGUGUAUGAUUGAUUUAUUUUCAAGAAACCGAAAGUAUUCUAGUGUGAUUGACGUGUUUGAUAAGAUGAGAAAAGCGGGGUUUUUUCCUGAUGGGAAUGUGAUUGGGCUUGUGUUAAAUGCGUAUGGGAAGUUGAGGGAGUUUGAGAAAGCGAAUGGUGUGUAUGUUGAGAUGCAGGAUGAAGGGUGUGUUUUUCAAGAUGAAGUGCAUUUUCAGAUGUUGAGUCUUUAUGGUGCGAAAAGGGAUUUUGAGAAGGUGGAGUUGUUGUUUGAGAGAUUGGAAUGUGAUUCCAAUGUUAAUAAGAAGGAAUUGUAUCUUGUUGUUGCUAGUGUUUAUGAAAGGGCGAAUAGGUUGAAUGAUGCUUCAAGAAUUGUCAAUAGAAUGAAGGACAUGGGACUUUUGAGAUCAUAG